AUGGAAUUUGCAAACCAGAUUUUGCGGAGAGUUAUUGAAAGGGAUAGAUGUGGAAGCCGGAAAACCACAUGUUUUGCUUUGUUAGAAGGAAAGGAGAAGAUUGGUGAUGCAAAUGUGAUGCAGGAGGAACUGAUCCCAGAGGAGGUAACUAGCUACAGCUUCACCAGGACUCUUUGGAAGGGGUUGGUUCCGCCUAGAGUGGAGCUAUUUGUCUGGUUUGUUCUGAUAGGAAGAGUGAAUACAAAUGACAGAUUGAGCCGGUUUGAAAUUAUUAGCGACGACGACGUUUCUUGUGUUAUUUGUAACAACGACGUGGAAGAUAUGCACCACUUGUUUCUAGGAUGUGGGUUUGCUUGGCAGGUGUGGAGUGCUUGGAUCUCAGCAUUUGGGCGACGAUGGUCGUUUCCGGGAACGAUGAAAGAGCACUUUCUUAGUUGGACAGAAGAACCGAGGAGGGUGGAAGAGCGUAACCACCGGUUACGCUCCUUCUGCGCAAUAAUCUGGAACCUCUGGUUGGAAAGGAAUAGGCGAAUCUUUCAGCACACAAGCAAAGGGGUUGAAGAAAUUAUCAACAUGUCUUCGAUUAGCGCUAGCGAGUGGAGCGGUGGAGAUCCCUUUAGUUGUUGA